AUGAGUGGCCGAGUUGGAGACCUGAGCCCCAAGCAGGCAGAGACCCUGGCCAAGUUCCGAGAAAAUGUCCAGGAUGUGCUGCCCGCCCUGCCAAACCCUGAUGACUAUUUUCUUCUUCGUUGGCUCCGAGCUCGGAACUUUGACCUACAGAAAUCAGAGGCCAUGCUCCGCAAGUACAUGGAGUUCCGGAAGACCAUGGACAUUGAUCACAUCCUUGACUGGCAGCCCCCAGAGGUGAUCCAGAAGUACAUGCCCGGAGGCCUGUGUGGCUAUGACCGGGACGGCUGCCCUGUGUGGUAUGACAUUAUCGGGCCACUGGACCCCAAAGGGCUGCUUUUCUCAGUCACCAAGCAGGACCUGUUGAAGACUAAGAUGAGGGACUGUGAACGUAUCCUGCACGAGUGUGACCUGCAGACAGAGCGGCUGGGGAGGAAGAUUGAAACCAUUGUGAUGAUAUUUGACUGUGAAGGUCUGGGCCUGAAGCACUUCUGGAAACCUCUGGUGGAAGUGUACCAGGAGUUCUUUGGCCUCCUUGAAGAGAAUUACCCAGAGACCCUGAAGUUCAUGCUCAUUGUGAAAGCCACCAAACUGUUCCCCGUGGGCUACAACCUCAUGAAGCCAUUCCUGAGUGAGGACACACGGAGGAAGAUCGUAGUGUUGGGAAACAGCUGGAAGGAAGGUUUGCUGAAACUCAUCAGUCCUGAGGAACUGCCUGCCCAUUUGGGGACACUGACUGACCCAGAUGGGAACCCGAAAUGUUUAACCAAGAUCAACUACGGUGGGGAGAUUCCCAAGUCCAUGUAUGUGCGUGACCAGGUGAAGACCCAGUAUGAGCACUCGGUGCAGAUUAGCCGCGGCUCCUCCCAUCAGGUGGAAUACGAGAUCCUGUUCCCAGGCUGCGUCCUCAGGUGGCAGUUCUCAUCUGACGGAGCAGACAUUGGCUUUGGAGUUUUCCUCAAGACCAAGAUGGGGGAGAGGCAGAAGGCAGGGGAGAUGACCGAGGUGCUAACCAGCCAGCGCUACAAUGCCCACAUGGUGCCUGAGGACGGGAGCCUCACCUGCACCGAGGCUGGUGUCUACGUCCUGCGCUUCGACAACACCUAUAGCUUCGUCCAUGCCAAGAAGGUCAGCUUCACGGUUGAAGUGCUCCUCCCAGACGAGGGCAUGCAGAAGUACGAUGAGGAGCUCACCCCUAUCUAG